ACGUCGUUUGAGCUGCGACACAAAUCCCCGACGCAUCAGUUACAAGCGACUUUUCUGGAUUUUGCUGCUGCUGGCUGCGAGAAUAAAACAACAAUGCAAGCUUCACUGACCAACCUAUGACGAUGUGACAGCCAGCCGUGUCUCGUCGGUGGUGGUGUUGAGGAGCAGUGCAUGACCCGGCCGGAGGAGGUGGAGGAGGGCAGGCGGAGGGUCUGAGCUCUGAGUCGGUCGGUCUGUCGGUGUCCGGGAUGGAGACCUGGACCCCCAAUCCCCGAGCCAAGCCUUUCAUCCCCCGCCAACAAAGAAGCUUGUACCUCACCUGGAAAUACAAGCUAACCAACAAGAGGAGCCUGCGUCGGUUCUGUCAGGCUGGCGCUGUGCUGUUUCUGCUGAUAACAGUCAUAGUCAACAUCAAACUCAUCUUGGACACAAGAAGAGUAGCCAAUGAAGAUGCAGCCGUACAAGAAUAUGAGGACACAAUCCCCAACAUGGAGACGCCACGCAGGCCGGCUAAUGGACGCAAGGUCCUGGACAUUGAGGUGUACUCCAGCCGCUCCAAGGUCUACAUGGCAGUGGACGGCACCACCGUGUUGGAGGAUGAUAUGCGGGAGCAGGGCAGAGGCAUCCAUGUGAUAGUUCUCAACCAGGCAACCGGUCAUGUGAUGGCCAAAAGGAUAUUUGACACCUACUCUCCUCACGAGGAUGAAGCCAUGAUCCUCUUCCUCAACAUGGUGACCUGGGGCCGAGUCCUCAUCUUCACCAUAAAGGAUGAGGGCACGUUCCACCUGAAGGACGCUGCUAAGAACCUGCUCAAGAGUCUGGGCAGCCAGGUGUCCCUCAACCUCAGCUGGAGGGACAUGUGGACUCUGGUGGUGAAGAAAGGAGGUCAGGUGUAUGGAGAGAAGCACUCAAAGUCUCCAGCUCUGUCCACCUGGGGAGACCCGGUGCUGCUGAAGACCGAGGUGCAGCUCACCGCCUCAGAAGAGGCGGAGUGCCACUGGGCAGACACCGAGCUGAACAGGAGGAGGAAGCUCUUCUGCAGCAAAGUGGAAGGAUACGGAAGCAUCUGCAGCUGCAAAGACCCAGCGCCCAUCGAGUUCAACCCCGACCCUCUGCCCAACAAUAACGUCUUCAGUGUCCCAGUGGCCGUCAUCGCAGGAAACAGACCCAACUACCUCUACAGGAUGCUGAGGUCGCUUCUUUCAGCUCAUGGCGUCAACCCGCAGGUGAUCACCGUCUUCAUCGAUGGAUAUUACGAGGAGCCGAUGGAUGUCGUCGAGCUGUUUGGACUGAAGGGAGUUCAGCACACACCCAUCAGCAUCAAGAAUGCCAGAGUGUCCCAGCACUACAAGGCGAGUCUGACUGCAACCUUCAACCUUCACCCAGAGGCCAACUACGCCAUCGUCCUAGAAGAAGACCUGGAUAUCUCCAUCGACUUCUUCAGUUUCCUGAGUCAGACCGUCCACCUGUUGGAUGAGGAUGACAGCCUGUACUGUAUCUCAGCCUGGAAUGACCAGGGCUAUGAGCACACAGCGGAGGACCCGGCCCUGCUGUACAGAGUGGAGAGCAUGCCUGGCCUGGGAUGGGUGCUGAAGAAGAGCCUCUACAAGGACGAACUAGAGCCAAAGUGGCCAACACCUGAAAAGCUGUGGGACUGGGACAUGUGGAUGCGAAUGCCAGAGCAGAGGAAAGGCCGAGAGUGCAUCAUCCCCGACGUGUCCCGCUCGUACCACUUUGGCAUCAUCGGCCUCAACAUGAACGGAUAUUUCCAUGAGGUAUACUUCAAGAAACACAAGUUCAACACUGUUCCCAAUGUGCAGCUGAGGAACGUUGACGGCUUAAAGAGAGACGCUUAUGAAGUGGAGAUCCAAAGCCUGCUGAAGGAAGCGCAGGUGCUGGACCACACCAAGAACCCGUGUGAGGACUCGUUCCUGCCAGACUCGGAGGGGAAGACCUACGUCAUGUUCAUAAGGAUGGAGACCGAGGUGGAUACAUCCACCUGGACAGAGCUCGCCAAGUGCCUCCAUGUUUGGGACCUGGAUGUUCGGGGAUACCACAGAGGAAUGUGGCGGCUCUUCAGGAAGAGGAAUCAUGUCCUGGUGGUCGCCGUGCCGAUCUCCCCCUACUCUGUGAAGAAACCCGCCAGUGUCACACCCAUUCACUUAGAGCCUCCGCCCAAAGAAGAGGGAGCACCGGUGGAGCAGAUGUAGCCCGGAUGUUCAACCACACACACACACACACACACACACACACACACACACACACUUCAACCAGCCCAGGCCUUAUCUCGUCUCCUCCCUCCACCAACAACCACUGAUAAUCCAGCCAGGGUGCCACAACCCCAAAACUGACUGACUGAGGAUACCUGGGAAAUGGAGUCCUCCAUUUUGUUUUUCUGAUAUUGAAAUGAAAGGGGGUAUUAACACUACAAGCUGCACUACUAGAUCCGUCCAACGCCUCGAGGAGGAGCGACGAUGCUAAAAAAAACAAAAAACAGUUUUGGUUAAACGUGACUGAACGGCCGAAACGGUAUAUGACUGUCAACCGCUGUUUCCGUGACAACCGUGGGCUGAGCCGCGGUUUGGUAAAGAGCAAUUUCAAGCUACGGUACAAAUGACACAAAAACACUCGCCAGAAUUUAGCCUGUUUUUUGUGUUUUUUUAACUACUGAGUGCUUUGUUCAUUUUGUACAUAUGUUUUAACUUAUCUCUAUUUAUUUUACAUCCAUCAAUCACUAAGGAGUUACAUCGUUUGAUUGCAUUUUUCUCAUUUUAGAGCUCCACUUUUAUCAAGGUCAGUGCAUUUUUUUAAGACCCUAACGUUUACAGAUAAUGAAAUAAUAAUGUAUAUAUACAUGCCUAAUUAUAUUUUUUGAUGAAAAAUGUAAAGGGUUUGCAUAUUUUUCAGCGUUUUUAGAUAUUGAGUUUGCGUGAACGAGUUGAUAACAGCCCUGUGGGUUUUUACUGUUAAAAGUUGCCUCGGAUCAGGUUUCAUUAGGUGUUAAUGAGAAAAUAUUCACCAAUUCAGCAUACUCUUCAAUCUGAAACACUCAUACAGUACGCAGAUUCUUACAGUGAUGCGUUAAGUGCAAACAAAACAAGAAAAAACAUCCCAAUUAUGUAUUCUAUGCAUUUGAUCAGAUGGUUCCUGAAUACAAUGUUUAAAAAUCCGUUUAUUUUUACUAGAUCUAAUUAAAUUUCUUUCCCAGCUACUUGCAUUUCUAGAGUGCAAUACACAAAACCGUAGUGAGUCUGCUUUGUGAAAUUAGAACUGGUUUUUAUUAAAGUUGCUAGCAGGUAAAGUCUUGUUUUGGUGUUUUUAGUAAAAGUCCGGCAUCAGCACGAGGCCCAGACGUACGGUAACAACACCACAAAAUAAAACGGGAAUAUUAUUUUAAAAAGAGCCAAGAAUGUAAGGUGGUAUACCACAUGACAUCAUGACUUGGCGUAAACGUACACGCCUACCUUCUUAAGCCAAGUGGCGUGUUAUCGUUACGCAUUUUCAGCUAUCCGCGCAUAUGUCUAGGCUCUACACAGCGUACGUAAACGUACACGCCACUUGGUGUGUUAUCGCCACUUGGUGUGUUAUCGCCACCUUGGUGUGUUAUCGCCACCUUGGUGUGUUAUCGCCACUUGGUGUGUUAUCGCCACCUUGGUGUGUUAUCGCCACCUUGGUGUGUUAUCGCCACCUUGGUGUGUUAUCGCCACCUUGGUGUAUUAUCGCCUCUUGGUGUAUUAUCGCCUCUUGGUGUAUUAUCGCCUCUUGGUGUGUUAUCACAACUUUGGUGUGUUAUCGCCACUUGGUGUAUUAUCGCCUCUUGGUGUGUUAUCACCACUUUGGUGUAUUAUCGCCUCUUGGUGUAUUAUCGCGACUUGGUGUAUUACCGCCUCUUGACGUGUUAUCACGAGAAGAAAGCACCUGUUGAGUUUAGGAAAUGGGACACAAACCCUGGUCUCCUAAGUGUAAGUUUUGGGUUUUACCCAUUUCCCCCACCCCCCCACCCCGGACCAACGUCCCUGCACAGAUUUUAAAUUUUUACACAAUUGCAAAAUAA